AUGGCCACUGAUGAAACAGAGAUGUUGUCCACGUCUGUGGGGCAGUCGUGUGGAGUUCUUCCUGAAUCACAUGACACAGACUGUGAGGAUUGCCGGUCUUUCUUCAUUGGUAAAUGUGAGGUGCAUGGCCCCCCCACGUUCGUCCCCGACACCCCCGUGCCCAUAGGGGUCACAGAAAGAGCCAGACGCACCCUUCCCUCAGGACUAGAGGUCAGGAGGUCAAGCAUCCCAAACGCAGAGCUGGGCGUGUUUAACCAGGGUGACACUAUACCCAGAGGGACACACUUUGGCCCCUAUGAAGACCAGAUGUCUGACAGAGAGGACACCAAGGACAGUGGAUACUCCUGGGUGCUCUUCAAACGUCAGCAGUGUGAAGAUCAUGUUGAUGUGAAGAGAGAGAAUUUUUCCAACUGGAUGAGGUAUGUGAACUGUGCCCGUAAUGAUGAAGAGCAGAAUCUGGUGGCUCUUCAGUACAGAGGGGGGGUUCUGUUCCGCAGCUGUAGACCCAUCGCUGCUGGAGAGGAGCUGCUGGUCUGGUGUGGAGAAGAAUAUACCAAGGACCAGGACGACCCAGCGGACUGCCACCGGGACAAGCCAUUUUCCCCUGAGAAAGGCCACAUUUCCUCACAAAACCUCAUUAAGACAUGGCAUCCUGAAGAGUCCCUGAGUUUACUAAAGACCAGAGAGAUUAAAUCAGAAGAUGUGCCACUGAGCCCAGAACAGUUAUCCUCUGAUAUUACAUUCAUUUCAGCACAAUCCGCUGUCAACACGAAAAGAAGGCGCUCUUCGUUUGGGAAGAGCUCCCCUGUCAGAAGAGCCCUAACACCUAAACAGAGAGUGACAGGGAAGAACACAACACACUCUUCACGCAGGAAGAGCCUCAGAAGCCAGCUGUGUGUCAGAAGACACCAGCGCAUUCACACGGGGGAGAAGUCAUACCACUGCUCCCAGUGUGGGAAGAGCUUCAGUAAUUCAUCAGGUCUUAGAACACACCAGCGCAUUCACACAGGGGAAAAGCCAUACCACUGCUCCCAGUGCGGGAAGAGUUUCAGUCGGUCAUCAGAUCUUGGAACACACCAGCGCAUUCACACAGGGGAGAGGCCAUACCACUGCUCCCAGUGUGGGAAGAGCUUCAGUAAUUUAUCAAGUUUUAGAAGACACCAGCGCAUUCACACAGGGGAGAGGCCAUACCACUGCUCCCAGUGUGGAAAGAGCUUCAGUGAUGCAUCAGGUCUUUUUGUACACCAGCGCAUUCACACAGGGGAGAGGCCAUACCACUGCUCCCAGUGUGGGAAGAGCUUCAGUAAUUCAUCAGGUCUUAGAGCACACCAGCGCAUUCAUACAUUGGAUAGGCCAUACCAUUGCUCCCAGUGUGGGAAGAGCUUCAAACAGUUGUCAGUUCUUCAAGCACACCAGCGCAUUCACACAGGGGAGAGGCCAUACCACUGCUCCCAGUGUGGGAAGAGCUUCAGUAAUUCAUCAGGUCUUAGAAAACACCAGCGCAUUCACACAGGGGAGAAGCCAUACCACUGUUCCCAGUGUGGGAAGAGCUUCAGUGAAUCAUCAAGUCUUAGAACACACCAGCGCAUUCACACAGGGGAGAGGCCAUACCACUGCUCCCAGUGUGGGCAGAGCUUCAAACAGUUAUCAGUUCUUCAAUCACACGAGCGCAUUCACACAGGGGAGAGGCCAUACCACUGCUCCCAGUGUGGGAAGAGCUUCAGGAAUUCAUGGAAUCUGAAAAGACACCAGCGCAUUCACACAGGGGAGAAGCCAUACUAGUGCUCCCAGUGUGGGAAGAGCUUCAGCAAAUCAGCUGACCUGAACAGGCACAGGUGUACACUGAGGACCAGCCUCAGAAGACACCAGCGCAUUCACACGGGGGAGAGGCCAUACCAGUGCUCCCAGUGUGGGAAGAGCUUCAGUCGGUCAUCAAGUGUUAGGAGACACCAGCGCAUUCACACAGGGGAAAAGCCAUACCACUGCUCCCAGUGUGGGAAGAGCUUCAGUAAUGCAUCAAGUCUUAGAACACACCAGCGCAUUCACACAGCAGAGAGGCCAUACCACUGCUCCCAGUGUGGGAAGAGCUUCAGUCGGUCAUCAAGUCUUAGGACACACCAGCGCGUUCACACAGGGGAGAGGCCAUACCACUGCUCCCAGUGUGGGAAGAGCUUCAACCAGUUAUCAAUUCUUCAAUCACACCAGCGCAUUCACACAGGGGAGAGGCCAUACCACUGCUCCCAGUGUGGGAAGAGCUUCAAACACUGGUCAGCUCUUAAAAGACACCAGCGCAUUCACACAGGGGAGAGGCCAUACCACUGCUCCCAGUGUGGGAAGAGCUUCAGUGAUUCAUCAAAUCUCCAAUCACACCAGCGCACUCACACUGGGGAAAAGCCAUACCACUGCUCCCAGUGUGGGAAGAGCUUCAACCAUUUAUCAAUUCUUCAAUCACACCAGCGCAUUCACACAGGGGAGAGGCCAUACCACUGCUCCCAGUGUGGGAAGAGCUUCAGUACUUCAUCAGGUCUUGUAAGACACCAGCGCAGUCACACAGGGGAAAAGCCAUACUACUGCUCCCAAUGUGGGAAGAGUUUCAACCAGUUAUCAAUUCUUCAAUCACACCAGCGCAUUCACACAGGGGAGAGGCCAUACCACUGCUCCCAGUGUGGGAAGAGCUUCAGUAAUGCAUCAAGUCUUAGAACACACCAGCGCAUUCACACAGCAGAGAGGCCAUACCACUGCUCCCAGUGUGGGAAGAGCUUCAACCAGUUAUCAAUUCUUCAAUCACACCAGCGCAUUCACACAGGGGAGAGGCCAUACCACUGCUCCCAGUGUGGGAAGAGCUUCAAACAGUGGUCAGCUCUUAAAAGACACCAGCGCAUUCACACAGGGGAGAGGCCAUACUACUGCUCCCAGUGUGGGAAGAGCUUCAGUGAUUCAUCAGGUCUUGUAAGACACCAGCGCAUUCACACAGGGGAAAAGCCAUACUACUGCUCCCAGUGUGGGAAGAGUUUCAACCAAUUAUCAAUUCUUCAAUCACACCAGCGCAUUCACACAGGGGAAAAGCCAUACCACUGCUCCCAGUGUGGGAAGAGCUUCAGCCAAUCAGCUGAGCUGAACAGACACCAGCGCAUUCACACAGGAAAGAGGCCAUACCACUGCUCCCAGUGUGGGAAGAGCUUCAACCAGUUAUCAAUUCUUCAAUCACACCAGCGCAUUCACACAGGGGAGAGGCCAUACCACUGCUCCCAGUGUGGGAAGAGCUUCAGUACUUCACCAGGUCUUGUAAGACACCAGCGCAUUCACACAGGGGAAAAGCCAUACCACUGCUCCCAGUGUGGGAAGAGCUUCAGUACUUCAUCAGGUCUUGUAAGACACCAGCGCAUUCACACAGGGGAAAAGCCAUACCACUGCUCCCAGUGUGGGAAGAGCUUCAGUCGGUCAUCAGGUCUUGUAAGACACCAGCGCAUUCACACAGGGGAAAAGCCAUACCACUGCUCCCAGUGUGGGAAGAGCUUUAGUCGGUCAUCAGAUCUUGUAAGACACCAGCGCAUUCACACAGGGGAAAAGCCAUACCACUGCUCCCAGUGUAGGAAGAGCUUCAACCAGUUAUCAUCUCUUCAGUCACACCAGUGCAUUCACACAGGGGAAAAGCCAUACCACUGCUCCCAGUGUGGGAAGGGCUUCAGUUAUUCAUCAGCUCUUCAAAGACACCAGCGCAGUCACACAGGGGAGAGGCCAUACCACUGCUCCCAGUGUGGGAACAGCUUCAGUUGGUCAUCAGAUCUUGUAAGACACCAGCGCAUUCACACAGGGGAAAAGCCAUACCACUGCUCCCAGUGUGGGAAGAGCUUCAACCAGUUAUCAUCUCUCCAGUCACACCAGCGCAUUCACACAGGGGAAAAGCCAUACCACUGCUCCCAGUGUGGGAAGAGCUUCAGUCGGUCAUCAGAUCUUGUAAGACACCAGCGCAUUCACACAGGGGAAAAGCCAUACCACUGCUCCCAGUGUGGGAAGAGCUUCAACCAGUUAUCAUCUCUUCAGUCACACCAGUGCAUUCACACAGAGGAAAAGCCAUACCACUGCUCCCAGUGUGGGAAGAGCUUCAGUUAUUCAUCAAGUCUUGUCAGACACCAGCGCAUUCACAAAGGGGAGAGGCCAUACCACUGCUCCCAGUGUGGGAAGAGCUUCAGUGAUUCAUCAAGUCUUAGAACACACCAGCGCAUUCACACAGGGGAAAAGCCAUACCACUGCUCCCAGUGUGGGAAGAGCUUCAGUCGGUCAUCAAGUCUUAGAACACACCAGCGCAUUCACACAGGAGAGAGGCCAUACCAAUGUUCCCAGUGUGGGAAGAGCUUCAGUGAUCCAUGGAAUCUGAAAAGACACAAGUGCAAUCACACAGGGGAAAAGCCAUACCACUGCUCCUAGUGUGGGAAGAGCUUCAGUUAUUCAUCAGCUCUUCAAAGACACCAGCGCAUUCACACAGGGGAGUGGCCAUACCACUGCUCCCAGUGUGGGAAGGGCUUCAGUGAUUCAUCAAAUCUCCAAUUACACCAGCGCAGUCACAACGGGGAGAGGCCAUACCACUGCUCCCAGUGUGGGAAGAGCUUCAGCGAUUCAUCAGGUCUUGUAACACACCAGCGCAGUCACACAGGGGAGAGGCCAUACCACUGCUCCCAGUGUGGGAAGAGCUUCAGUUGGUCAUCAAGUCUUAGAAGACAUCAGCGCAGUCACACAGCAGAAGAACACUCAGGCUCUUGUCCAGCUGUGCAGAAGAGCCUCAGAAGCCAGCUGUGUAUCAGAAGACACCAGCGCAUUCACACAGGGGAGAAGUCAAACCACUGCUCCCAGUGUGGGAAGAGCUUCAGUUGGUCUAGAAGUUUUAGAAGACACCAGCGCAUUCACACAGGGGAGAGGCCAUACCACUGCUCCCAGUGUGGGAAGAGCUUCAGUGAAUCAUCAAAUCUUAUAAGACACCAGCACAUUCACACAGGGGAGAGGCCAUACCACUGCUCCCAGUGUGGGCAGAGCUUCAGUCAAUCAUCAAAUCUUAUAAGACACCAGCACAUUCACACAGGGGAGAGGCCAUACCACUGCUCCCAGUGUGGGAAGAGCUUCAGUUGGUCAUCAAGUCUUAUAAGACACCAGCGCAUUCACACAGGGGAAAAGUCAUACCACUGCUCCCAGUCUGGGAAGAGCUUCAGUGAAUCAUCAAGUCUUAGAACACACCAGCGCAUUCACACAGGGGAAAAGCCAUACCACUGCUCCCAGUGUGGGCAGAGCUUCAGUCAGUCAUCAAAUCUUAUAAGACACCAGCGCAUUCACACAGGGGAGAGCCCAUACCACUGCUCCCAGUGUGGGAAGAGCUUCAGUAAUCCAUCAGGUCUUAGAGAACACCAGCGCAUUCACACAAGGGAGAGGCCAUACCACUGCUCCCAGUGUGGGAAGAGCUUCAGUCAGUCAUCAAGUCUUAUAAGACACCAGCGCAUUCACACAGGGGAGAGGCCAUACCAGUGCUCCCAGUGUGGGAAGAACUUCAGUGAUUCAUCAUGUCUUAGAACACACCAGCGCAUUCACACAGGGGAGAGGCCAUACCAGUGCUCCCAGUGUGGAAAGAGCUUCAGGAAUUCAUCAGGCCUUAGAACACACCAGUGCAUUCACACAGGGGAAAAACUUUACCAGUGCUCCCAGUGUGGGAAGAGCUUCAGCCAAUCAGCUGACCUGAACAGACACCAGCGCAUUGACACAGGGGAGAAGUCAUACCACUGCUCCCAGUGUGGGAAGAGUUUCAAUCGGUCACCAGAUCUUAGAAUACACCAGCGCAUUCACACGGGGGAGAGGCCAUACCACUGCUCCCAGUGUGGGAAGAGCUUCAAACAGUUGUCAGUUCUUCAAAGACACCAACGGAUUCACACAGGGGAGAGGCCAUACCACUGCUCCCAGUGUGGGAAGAGCUUCAAACAGUUGUCAGUUCUUCAAAGACACCAGCGCAUUCACACGGGGGAGAAGUCAUACCACUGCUCCCAGUGUGGGAAGAGCUUCAGUCAGUCAUCAAAUCUCCAAUCACACAAGCACAUUCACACAGGGGAAAAGCCAUACCACUGCUCCCAGUGUGGGAAGAGCUUUAGUAAUUCAUCAGGUCUUGUAAGACACCAGCGCAUUCACACAGGGGAAAAGCCAUACCACUGCUCCCAGUGUGGGAAGAGCUUUAGUAAUUCAUCAGGUCUUGUAAGACACCAGCGCAUUCACACAGGGGAAAAGCCAUACCACUGCUCCCAGUGUGGGAAGAGCUUUAGUAAUUCAUCAGGUCUUGUAAGACACCAGCGCAGUCACACAGGGGAGAGGCCAUACCACUGCUCCCAGUGUGGGAAGAGCUUCAGUCGGUCAUCAUUUCUUCAAUCACACCAGCGCAUUCACACAGGGGAAAAGCCAUACCACUGCUCCCAGUGUGGGAAGAGCUUCAGUCGGUCAUCAUUUCUUCAAUCACACCAGCGCAUUCACACAGGGGAAAAGCCAUACCACUGCUCCCAGUGUGGGAAGAGCUUCAGUCGGUCAUCAAUUCUUCAAUCACACCAGCGCAUUCACACAGGGGAAAAGCCAUACCACUGCUCCCAGUGUGGGAAGAGCUUCAGUCAGUCAUCAAUUCUUCAAUCACACCAGCGCAUUCACACAGGGGAAAAGCCAUACCACUGCUCCCAGUGUGGGAAGAGCUUCAGUGAUUCAUCAGCUCUUAGAAGACACCAGCGCAUUCACACAGGGGAAAAGCCAUACCACUGCUCCCAGUGUGGGAAGAGCUUCAGUAAUUCAUCAGGUCUUGUAAGACACCAGCGCAGUCACACAGGGGAGAGGCCAUACCACUGCUCCCAGUGUGGGAAGAGCUUCAAACAGUUGUCAGUUCUUCAAAGACACCAGCGCAUUCACACAGGGGAGAGGCCAUACCACUGCUCCCAGUGUGGGAAGAGCUUCAAACAGUUGUCAGUUCUUCAAAGACACCAGCGCAUUCACACAGGGGAGAGGCCAUACCACUGCUCCCAGUGUGGGAAGAGCUUCAAACAGUUGUCAGCUCUUCAAAGACACCAGCGCAUUCACACAGGGGAGAGGCCAUACCACUGCUCCCAGUGUGGGAAGAGCUUCAACCAGUUAUCAAAUCUUCAAUCACACCAGCGCAUUCACACGGGGGAGAGGCCAUACCACUGCUCCCAGUGUGGGAAGAGCUUCAAACAGUUGUCAGUUCUUAGAAGACACCAGCGCAUUCACACGGGGGAGAGGCCAUACCAGUGCUCCCAGUGUGGGAAGAGCUUCAGGAAUUCAUCAAAUCUCCAAUCCCACCAGUGCAUUCACACGGGGGAGAGGCCGUACCACUGCUCCCAGUGUGGGAAGAGCUUCAGUGAUUCAUCAGGUCUUGUAAGACACCAGCGCAGUCACACAGGGGAAAAGCCAUACCACUGCUCCCAGUGUGGGAAGAGCUUCAGUCGGUCAUCAAUUCUUCAAUCACACCAGCGCAUUCACACAGGGGAAAAGCCAUACCACUGCUCCCAGUGUGGGAAGAGCUUCAGUCAGUCAUCAAUUCUUCAAUCACACCAGCGCAUUCACACAGGGGAAAAGCCAUACCACUGCUCCCAGUGUGGGAAGAGCUUCAGUCAGUCAUCAGUUCUUCAAUCACACCAGCGCAUUCACACAGGGGAAAAGCCAUACCACUGCUCCCAGUGUGGGAAGAGCUUCAGUCAGUCAUCAGUUCUUCAAUCACACCAGCGCAUUCACACAGGGGAAAAGCCAUACCACUGCUCCCAGUGUGGGAAGAGCUUCAGUUAUGCAUUGAAGCUUAAAAAACACAAACACCAGCGCAUUCACACAGGGGAGAAGUCAUACCAGUGCUCCCAGUGUGGGAAGAGCUUCAGUAAUUUAUCAGGUCUUGUAAGACACCAGCGCAUUCACACAGGGGAGAGGCCAUACCACUGCUCCCAGUGUGGGAAGAGCUUCAGUCAGUCAUCAAGUCUUAGAGCACACCAGCGCAUUCACACAGGGGAAAAGCCAUACCACUGCUGCCAGUGUGGGAAGAGCUUCAACAAUUCAUCAGGUCUUAGAAGACACAAGUGCGUUCAAACGGGGGAGAGGCCAUACCAGUGCUCCCAGUGUGGGAAGAGCUUCAGUCAGUCAUCAAGUCUUAGAACACACCAGCACAUUCACACAGGGGAGAGGCCAUACCACUGCUGCCAGUGUGGGAAGAGCUUCAACAAUUCAUCAGGUCUUAGAAGACACAAGUGCGUUCAAACGGGGGAGAGGCCAUACCAGUGCUCCCAGUGUGGGAAGAGCUUCAGUCAGUCAUCAGGUCUUAGAACACACCAGCGCAUUCACACAGGGGAGAGGCCAUACCACUGCUGCCAGUGUGGGAAGAGCUUCAGCAAUUCAUCAGGUCUUAGAAGACACAAGUGCAUUCAAACGGGGGAGAGGCCAUACCAGUGCUCCCAGUGUGGGAAGAGCUUCAGUAAUGCAUCGAAUCUUAAAACACACCAGCGCAUUCACACGGGGGAGAGGCCAUACCACUGCUCCCAGUGUGGGAAGAGCUUCAACCAGUUAUCAGUUCUUCAAAGACACCAGCGCAUUCACACAGGGGAGAGGCCAUACCAGUGCUCCCAGUGUGGGAAGAGCUUCAGUAAUUCAUCAUGUCUUAGAACACACCAUCGCAUUCACACAGGGGAGAGGCCGUACCACUGCUCCCAGUGUGGGAAGAGCUUCAGUGAUGCAUCGAAUCUUAAAACGCACCAGCGCAUUCACACGGGGGAGAGGCCAUACCACUGCUCCCAGUGUGGGAAGAGCUUCAACCAGUUAUCAGUUCUUCAAUCACACCAGCGCAUUCACACAGGAGAGAGGCCAUACCACUGCUCCCAGUGUGGGAAGAGCUUCAGUGAUUUAUCAGGUCUUAGAACACACCAGCGCAUUCACACAGGGGAGAAGCCAUACUACUGCUCCCAGUGUGGGAAGAGCUUCAGAAAUUCAUCAAGUUUUAGAACACACCAGCGCAUUCACACAGGGGAAAAGCCAUACCACUGCUCCCAGUGUGGGAAGAGCUUCAGCCAAUCAGCUGAGCUAAACAGGCACAGGAAUAUGCAGGAAGGAGAACAAGUGUAUGACUGUGAGGAUUGCCGGAAGAGCCUCAGAAGCCAGCUGUGUAUCAGAAGACACCAGCACAUUCACACGGGGGAGAAGUCAUACCACUGCUACCAGUGUGGGAAGAGCUUCAGUCAGUCAUCAAAUCUUAGAACACACCAGCGCAUUCACACAGGGGAAAAGCCAUACCACUGCUCCCAGUGCGGGAAGAGUUUCAAUCGGUCAUCAGAUCUUAGAACACACCAGCGCAUUCACACGGGGGAGAGGCCAUACCACUGCUCCCAGUGUGGGAAGAGCUUCAGUCGGUCAUCAGGUCUUAGAACACACCAGCGCAUUCACACAGGGGAGAGGCCAUACCACUGCUCCCAGUGUGGGAAGAGCUUCAGUAAUUCAUCAGGUCUUAGAACACACCAGCACAUUCACACAGGGGAAAAGCCAUACCACUGCUCCCAGUGUGGGAAGAGUUUCAAUCGGUCACCAGAUCUUAGAAUACACCAGCGCAUUCACACGGGGGAGAGGCCAUACCACUGCUCCCAGUGUGGGAAGAGCUUCAAACAGUUGUCAGUUCUUCAAAGACACCAGCGGAUUCACACAGGGGAGAGGCCAUACCACUGCUCCCAGUGUGGGAAGAGUUUCAAUCGGUCAUCAGGUCUUAGAACACACCAGCGCAUUCACACAGGGGAAAAGCCAUACCACUGCUCCCAGUGUGGGAAGAGCUUCAAACAGUUCUCGUUUCUUAAAAGACACAAGCGCAUUCACGCAGGAGAGAGGCCAUACCACUGCUCCCAGUGCGGGAAGAAUUUCAGUCGGUCAUCAGAUCUUAGAAUACACCAGCGCAUUCACACAGGAGAGAGGCCAUACCACUGCUCCCAGUGUGGGAAGAGCUUCAGUCAGUCAUCAGGUCUUAGAAGACACCAGCGCAUUCACACGGGGAAGAGGCUAUACCACUGCUCCCAGUGUGGGAAGAGCUUCAAACAGUUGUCAGUUCUUCAGUCACACCAGCGCAUUCACACAGGUGAGAGGCCAUACCACUGCUCCCAGUGUGGGAAGAGCUUCAGUGAUUCAUCAGGUCUUGUAAGACACCAGCGCAGUCACACAGGGGAAAAGCCAUACCACUGCUCCCAGUGUGUGAAGACCUUCAGUGAUUCAUCAGGUCUUGUAAGACACCAGCGCAGUCACACAGGGGAAAAGCCAUACCACUGCUCCCAGUGUGGGAAGAGCUUCAGUCGGUCAUCAUUUCUUCAAUCACACCAGCGCAUUCACACAGGGGAGAGGCCAUACCACUGCUCCCAGUGUGGGAAGAGCUUCAGUGAUUCAUCAGCUCUUAGAAGACACCAGCGCAUUCACACAGGGGAAAAGCCAUACCACUGCUCCCAGUGUGGGAAGAGCUUCAGUCGGUCAUCAAUUCUUCAAUCACACCAGCGCAUUCACACAGGGGAAAAGCCAUACCACUGCUCCCAGUGUGGGAAGAGCUUCAGUUAUGCAUUGAAGCUUAAAAAACACAAACACCAGCGCAUUCACACAGGGGAGAAGUCAUACCACUGCUCCCAGUGUGGGAAGAGCUUCAGUUGGUCUAGAAGUUUUAGAAGACACCAGCGCAUUCACACAGGGGAAAAGCCAUACCACUGCUCCCAGUGUGGGAAGAGCUUCAGUGAAUCAUCAAAUCUUAUAAGACACCAGCACAUUCACACAGGGGAGAGGCCAUACCACUGCUCCCAGUGUGGGCAGAGCUUCAGUCAAUCAUCAAAUCUUAUAAGACACCAGCACAUUCACACAGGGGAGAGGCCAUACCACUGCUCCCAGUGUGGGAAGAGCUUCAGUUGGUCAUCAAGUCUUAUAAGACACCAGCGCAUUCACACAGGGGAAAAGUCAUACCACUGCUCCCAGUGUGGGAAGAGCUUCAGUGAAUCAUCAAGUCUUAGAACACACCAGCGCAUUCACACAGGGGAGAGGCCAUACCACUGCUCCCAGUGUGGGAAGACCUUCAGUGAAUCAUCAAGUCUUAUAACACACCAGCGCAUUCACACAGGGGAAAAGCCAUACCACUGCUCCCAGUGUGGGCAGAGCUUCAGUCAGUCAUCAAAUCUUAUAAGACACCAGCGCAUUCACACAGGGGAGAGCCCAUACCACUGCUCCCAGUGUGGGAAGAGCUUCAGUAAUUCAUCAGGUCUUAGAGAACACCAGCGCAUUCACACAGGGGAGAGGCCAUACCACUGCUCCCAGUGUGGGAAGAGCUUCAGUCAGUCAUCAAGUCUUAUAAGACACCAGCGCAUUCACACAGGGGAGAGGCCAUACCAGUGCUCCCAGUGUGGGCAGAGCUUCAAACAGUUAUCAGUUCUUCAAUCACACGAGCGCAUUCACACGGGGGAGAGGCCAUACCACUGCUCCCAGUGUGGAAAGAGCUUCAGGAAUUCAUCAGGCCUUAGAACACACCAGUGCAUUCACACAGGGGAAAAACUUUACCAGUGCUCCCAGUGUGGGAAGAGCUUCAGCCAAUCAGCUGACCUGAACAGGCACAGGUUGUAUGGUGGAGACAAAUAUGUUUGCUUUUUGCUUCAGAGAGUCUUCAACCAAAACCCACUAAUUUCAAGACACCAGGGCAUUCACACAGGGGAAAAGCCAUACCACUGCUCCCAGUGUGGGAAGAGCUUCAGUAAUUCAUCAGGUCUUGUAAGACACCAGCGCAGUCACACAGGGGAGAGGCCAUACCACUGCUCCCAGUGUGGGAAGAGCUUCAAUAAUUCAUCAGGUCUUGUAAGACACCAGCGCAGUCACACAGGGGAAAAGCCAUACCACUGCUUCCAGUGUGGGAAGAGCUUCAGUAAUUCAUCAGGUCUUAGAACACACCAGCGCAUUCACACGGGGGAGAGGCCAUACCACUGCUCCCAGUGUGGGAAGAGCUUCAGUCGGUCAUCAUUUCUUCAAUCACACCAGCGCAUUCACACAGGGGAAAAGCCAUACCACUGCUCCCAGUGUGGGAAGAGCUUCAGUCGGUCAUCAUUUCUUCAAUCACACCAGCGCAUUCACACAGGGGAAAAGCCAUACCACUGCUCCCAGUGUGGGAAGAGCUUCAGUGAUUCAUCAGCUCUUAGAAGACACCAGCGCAUUCACACAGGGGAAAAGCCAUACCACUGCUCCCAGUGUGGGAAGAGCUUCAGUAAUUCAUCAGGUCUUGUAAGACACCAGCGCAGUCACACAGGGGAGAGGCCAUACCACUGCUCCCAGUGUGGGAAGAGCUUCAGUAAUUCAUCAGGUCUUGUAAGACACCAGCGCAUUCACACAGGGGAGAGGCCAUACCACUGCUCCCAGUGUGGGAAGAGCUUCAAACAGUUGUCAGUUCUUCAAAGACACCAGCGCAUUCACACAGGGGAGAGGCCAUACCACUGCUCCCAGUGUGGGAAGAGCUUCAAACAGUUGUCAGUUCUUCAAAGACACCAGCGCAUUCACACAGGGGAGAGGCCAUACCACUGCUCCCAGUGUGGGAAGAGCUUCAAACAGUUGUCAGCUCUUGAAAGACACCAGCGCAUUCACACAGGGGAGAGGCCGUACCACUGCUCCCAGUGUGGGAAGAGCUUCAACCAGUUAUCAAAUCUUCAAUCACACCAGCGCAUUCACACGGGGGAGAGGCCAUACCACUGCUCCCAGUGUGGGAAGAGCUUCAAACAGUUGUCAGUUCUUAGAAGACACCAGCGCAUUCACACGGGGGAGAGGCCAUACCAGUGCUCCCAGUGUGGGAAGAGCUUCAGGAAUUCAUCAAAUCUCCAAUCCCACCAGUGCAUUCACACGGGGGAGAGGCCGUACCACUGCUCCCAGUGUGGGAAGAGCUUCAGUGAUUCAUCAGGUCUUGUAAGACACCAGCGCAGUCACACAGGGGAAAAGCCAUACCACUGCUCCCAGUGUGGGAAGAGCUUCAGUGAUUCAUCAAGUCUUGUAAGACACCAGCGCAGUCACACAGGGGAAAAGCCAUACCACUGCUCCCAGUGUGGGAAGAGCUUCAGUCGGUCAUCAUUUCUUCAAUCACACCAGCGCAUUCACACAGGGGAAAAGCCAUACCACUGCUCCCAGUGUGGGAAGAGCUUCAGUCGGUCAUCAAUUCUUCAAUCACACCAGCGCAUUCACACAGGGGAAAAGCCAUACCACUGCUCCCAGUGUGGGAAGAGCUUCAGUCAGUCAUCAAUUCUUCAAUCACACCAGCGCAUUCACACAGGGGAAAAGCCAUACCACUGCUCCCAGUGUGGGAAGAGCUUCAGUCAGUCAUCAGUUCUUCAAUCACACCAGCGCAUUCACACAGGGGAAAAGCCAUACCACUGCUCCCAGUGUGGGAAGAGCUUCAGUCAGUCAUCAGUUCUUCAAUCACACCAGCGCAUUCACACAGGGGAAAAGCCAUACCACUGCUCCCAGUGUGGGAAGAGCUUCAGUUAUGCAUUGAAGCUUAAAAAACACAAGUGCAGUCACACAGCGUGUUACCAGUCUGUUACCUGUUCAGUGUGA